AUGCAUCAAGUCCUAAUAUACGAAGGUGGUGAAAAACUCGAUUUUAUAGAUAGUCUGUUGACAAUUGACGAUGGAAGGAAGAUUGAAACGUCUGACAAAGGAUUUUGUAUGGCUAAACUUCUUUGUGAACAUUUUACUGGUGAAACAGUCACGACAGAAAUUAAAUUAGGAACAGAUAUCGUAUGUAAAGUUCAACAAAAAUGGAAACUCAUCAUCGAAAGAUUUACCCGAAAGCCAAACAAACAAGUCCAAAGGAUCUUUUGUGAUAUCAAUUGCCAACAAAGGAUGAAAUCGAUCAUGUAUCCUGGCAAGUUUUUAGAUAAGUUCCAGAGUGAAUUGAAGAAGGCUAAACAACGGAUAUCUGAAUUAUCUUGUGAACUCGAUGCUCAGGUAUUCGAAGGUUCCAAGCCGCGCGUACUCAAGCGGAUAACAGGAUGUAAAGCUCAAUGUCCAUGCUGCGGUCGUGUUUGUGAUUUUGAUCAUGAAUCGAAUAGAACCGAUCCGGUUGGAGAAGGAGAAAAUAAACAUCGAUGCCAGUUGGGUCAUCAAAUUCGUGGAAUGGCAGGCAAACGUUAUGAACGCACCAAUGAAGCGUCAACUCUAAAAUGCGAAACUAUCCAAGAUGAGGAUGUGGUAACGCACAAGGGCACUAGACAAACUUGGGCGACUUUCAAGAAGAACCAUUCUCGUUGGCUCUUUGAUAAACUUGAUGCAAAUGAGACUAUCAACACGAAGUGUACGUUCAUUUGGGGACGGAUCGGUUCUCAAUUAUGCAAACAUUUCGGUGGUGAUAUGAAAUUCGUGAUAAACAAUACUCCACUGCCUAUCCACCAUUUCAUUUUCAUACUUGAUCAUUCCGGAUCCAUGGAUCAAAAUGACAUUGAUAAUGAGGAAACACCUUGGCAAUAUCUCCUAAAAAGUGUUCAGAAUUUCAUUAAUAUUCGUAAAGAGAAGGUGUCAUUUUCUGAUGAAAUAACAGCUAUCAUGUUCGGUAAUAAGGCACAGAGGUGGUGCAGACGCGAGAAGCUGAAAAAUGUUCAAGUAAAUGAGCUAAACAUCCCAACGGGCGUAUGCGGCGGUGGUACCUACUUCUCUGGAGCAUUCGAAUUGGUCAUCCAGACACUUGAUGAGGUAAAAGUAGAUCCAAAACUAGAUCGACUUGAACAAACAAUCAUCUUCAUGACUGAUGGCGAUCCUAUGGACAACUUCGAAUCUACCUUAACAAAAAUGAGCAGUUACAAAACAGGUUUGUCACCAAAUUACUCUAGUGAAAACCACGUUUUAGUAUGACGUCCGACUGUUGAGCUGCAGAAGAGAUCAGAGCAAUAAAUUCAAAACAUUAUUUUCGGAACAGAUGAGGGAUAAGUGUCUGCAAGGGUUUGAUUCACAGUAAUCGACACGAGUGAAAAUCGCUACUUAUCGGAUUCAGCAAUAGUUCAUGCACCUUCGUGUGUCACGUGAGACAACGAAGUGGAAGCCUCAGCUUUUUUCUAGUGAACAGCGUCCAUCUCAAAGAACUAUAGCUUUACUAGAAAUAUUAUAAAAUGCAGCUGAAUAUUAAGGUUUUUUGUGAAAUCUGAAAACAGUAGCUAAUUUUCUCGUCCGGUACAAUUUUACAUUUAUCUCAUAUUGAUUUUUUUCGAUUUUCAUACUAUUUAAAGCGAAUUCCCUUUGUAUCAGUCUAUGUAAUCCGUAUUUUAUAUUUCAGGUCUAUUAGCCUCUGCAACCAAUCAAAUCACCUCGACAUUAGUCCGUAACUUUUGGACCAUCGGGCUUGGGCGUGUGAACAAGAAAAUAUUGGAACACGUGACCAAUACAAUGCAAGGCACGCUAGUGACUGUGAACAAAGCAAUUCAACUUGCAGAAGCAUAUGCACAAAUAGCAGAAAUUGUGUGAACGAUUAUUAUACAACAGGCGAUGAAACUCUAUUCCACAAAGAAGAUGUUUUCUCUCAUAGUAACUAACAACACUUUAGAAACAAUUAUAGGAUUGCAAAAAAACAAAACCAUUGAAUCUUUUAUGGUGAGGGUGCAUAUGCGUGCGCGAUCAUAUGUAUGCAUAUGAUUGUAUAUCUUGGUCGAUAAGAGGGUGAGAAGGAGGAGGGUGUCAAUGUGAAAACACAUUAAAUUGUAGUUCUGAUGAAAUACAAAUCAAUCUGCUAGUCCCAACUCUUGCGCUUUCAGUAAAUGAUCUCUGAUUUUUCUGUAUUGAUAAUUGAACAAUCUCUGUACAAAAUUCAGUUAAUGCCGACGCGUUUCAUCUUGGGUGUGGGUGUGGGUGUGGGUGUGGGUGUGGGUGUGGGUGUGGGUGUGGGUGUGGGUGUGGGUGUGGGUGUGGGUGGGGGUGUGGGUGUGGGUGUGGGUUCG